AUGGCAAUGCUGCAGGUGCCAAUGGGGCACACCCUUAGUCCAGAAGAGGCCAAGCUGCUCAUGAACCAGACAGUACAGCAGGUCCAGGAUACCCUGAGCAUCUCAAAUGAUGUUGCUCGGCACCUCCUCAUGCACUGCAGGUGGAAUGUGGAUUUCCUGAUCCAGCGCUAUGUGGAGAACCGUGAAGCUCUGCUCAUCUCCUCGGGGCUGCAAGUACAGAACGCCCAGCCCCCGCCCAGCCCAGGGACCCCCUGCCCAGUCUGUGUGAACCAGCUGUGUCCCACUGAGAAGCCACCAAUGCUCUGCUGCAUGCACUACUGCUGCAAGCCCUGCUGGAAGGAGUACCUCACCACCCGCAUUGAGCAGAGCAUGAUUGUCAGCUGCACCUGCCCCAUAUCCGAGUGCCACGCGCAGCCAACGACAGCCUUCAUUUGUUCCAUUGUUUCCUCUGAGGAGAUCAUAGCCAAGUAUGAAAACGCCCUCUUCAGAGGCUUUGUUGAGUGUUGCUCCAAUCUGACGUGGUGCACAAACCCUCAGGGUUGCGAUCAGAUCCUCCUUAAAGAUGGACUUGGCUAUGGGGCAGCCUGUUCCAAGUGCUCCUGGAUAUCCUGCUUCAACUGCAACUUCCCAGAGGCCCAUUAUCCUGCCAGCUGCAGCCACAUGUCUCAGUGGGUGGAUGAUGAUGGGUACUAUGAGGGAAUGACAAGUGAAGCCCAAAGCAAACAUCUGGCUAAGCUCAUUUCGAAGCACUGCCCAAGCUGCCAGGCUCAAAUAGAGAAAAAUGAGGGGUGCCUGCAUAUGACGUGUGCAAAGUGCAAUCACGGCUUCUGUUGGCGCUGCCUCAAGCCCUGGAGGCCGACUCAUAAGGAUUAUUACAACUGCUCUGCUAUGGUGAGUAAAGCAGCUUGGCAGGAGAAGCGUUUUCAGGACUACAACGAGAGGUGCACCUUUCAUCAUCAUGCAAAGGAAUUUGCUGUGAGCCUGAGGAACAGGGUUUCUUCCAUCCGUGAGAUGACAAAUAUUAGGACUUCGACCUUUGUUCUUGAUGCCUGCAAAGUGCUAGAACGGGCGCGGAAGGUGCUGGCCUACUCCUGUGUGUACAGCUAUUAUACCCAGGACACUGAGAGCAUGGAUGCUGUGGAACAGCAGACUGAGAGCCUGGAGCUGCACACUAAUGCUCUGCAGAUCCUGCUGGAGGACAGCCUGCUGCGGUACGAGGACGUGGCCACUGCUCUCCAGCUGCUGCCAGCAGAGCGUUUGGGCGCUGGCUUGGAGCUGCUGCGCCGCAUCGAGGAGCGGCUCUUCGCAAUCCUCUGGCACUCCGCACAGGAUUUCCAUGUUGGGCUCCAGACUUUGGCAGAUCCUGGUCAGAGAAAGGGGAAACUCUCAAAUGUGCCUUCUUCAGCCCCUGCCUGUAUAGGGCCAAAAUGCACCAACUUCUGUGACACUUGCAACACAGACGAAGCUGGCAAAGAGGUUGAAGUUGAGGAGUAUGAAUCCCAAUGGCAGGAAGACUAUGAUGAUGAUGACGACGACCUUGAUGAAGACAACUUUCUGUUUGAUGACGAGUCAGAUAACCUUGAUUGUGACUCCUACUUUGAUGAUGAUGAUGCCUAUGACUAG